AGUGUUGCAUCGGCACACCAUAUAUUGACGUAUGCUAAGAAUCACAAUGAUACUAAUCUAUUGGUGGAAGUAAUGAAACUUUUGAAGAGGAAUGAUUUACCAUUGCAACCGGGCACGGCAGAUAUAGUUUUUAGCAUUUGUUACAAUACAGAUGAAUGGGAGUUGAUUAAUAAGUACGCGAAAAGGUUUGUUAAGGCUGGUGUAAAACUACGACAAACCUCAUUUGAAACAUGGAUGGGAUUUGCUGCCAAAAGAGGUGCUCAUACUUGAUGUCUUUUGUCUGCCUAAUUCUAUAAGCUUCUGUUGAGGUGCUCAUUAGAUAAGUGUUUAGUUAUAUUGAAUCAUAAAAAAGAUGAGCCAUGCAAGCUUAUGUUUGCAGUGGAGCUUGCUGAAAUGCUGUCCACAGACAUGCAGAAAGAGGGCCUUCAUGGGCGAACGUUGACUCUUAAACUGAAAACUACUUCUUUUGAGGUUCGGAAUAGAGCUGUGACUUUACAAAACUACAUCAACUCAAGUGAGGAUAUUCUGAAGCAUGCAUCAAAAUUGCUGAAAGCUGAACUUCCCGUUUCAGUAAGAUUAAUAGGUCUUAGAGUAUCACAGUUUAACGGAGAUAAAAGUGGUAGUGGUGCUACCCCUGAUCGUACACAGAAGACUAUUACCAAUUUCAUUACUUCAGGAGAAGCCAAUAGGAAAAAGGACCCUUUUUCAGAUGUUACAGAUCAUGACUUUAUCAGUGAUAUAGAAACUGAUCCUUCGAUUGAUGUUGGGCACACAAGCCAGCUUGAUAGCAGAGAUCCUUUUGAUGGUAAUCAUUCAUUAGAUGUAAAUCACCAAAGCUGCACUCUCUGGAAAAAUGAUGGUGCAGAGAAGGUACAAACUUCUGGUAAUGAUGCUGCAAGUUCUCACCACAGUGCAUGUACAGAGAUGCUUGGAUCAACUUCAUUCCAGGGGAAGUUUGAGGGGAAAAAUGUGAUAGGUCUAUGUUUUUUCAGUCAGGAUCAAAAGCACCGAAUCAAAAGACAAAGCAAAUCCAAGAAGCAAAAGUUGUCGCAGAGAGAGGGCCGAUAUACGCCCAUUGAUUAUUUUUUUGUUAAGGAGUAAUCAAAGCUUUAAGUUAUUAUUGUAUAAUUUGUAUCUUAUUUUGCCUCACAUCAAUAAUUUCUAAGUCUCUAGGAAUGUCUUUUCUCCACAUAAGAUAAAAUAUGUAUAGUUGUAUUAUGAAUCUUGAUAUGAUUAAUAAAAUAGUCUCAUUCAUUCA